CCGAAGACAUGGAGGCGCCGGCCGUCAAGCCCCACGCGGAGUCGCCCCGCGCUCUGGGCGAGCCCGCAGCCGCUGCGAUGAGCCCCGCCACGCCCGUGGAGAGCGACGUGGCCGAGGUGGAGACGGAGAAGAGCCCCGUGGCGGCGCCGCUGGAGCUGCACAAGCCCCACGAAGACGGCGCCGAGUCGGACCGAGCGCGCACAGACAGCGACGACGACGAGGAGGAGCCCCAGAGGCAGCCGCAGCUGGACGUGACGCUGGUGCAGGGCCCGUCGACGCCCGUGGAGGAGCCGACGACGCCCGUUGAGGCGUAUGCAGAGCCCUCGACGCCUGUAGAGGAGCACGACGAACCCACGACGCCCGUGGGUGAAGCACCCCCAGAGCAGACGUUCGACGAGCACCACGACACUGCUGGCGUCGAGCUGGUAGUGCAGGAAGCGGAGGAGGAGGAGGUUGUGCAACAGAACCACAAGCUGGAACAGGAACCUGCGCAGGAAGCGCAGCCGUCGCCGUCGUCGCCUUCUGCUGCUAGUUCUGUAGCUGCUGACAAGGUGGAGCUACAGGGCCAUGACGUGGACGUUCAGGCGCACGAGGUGGAGCUGGUGAUCCCGUCGCCCAAGCGCCCGGCCCCGCUGGAUCUGGUGCACCACGACAUCGACGAUGAAGCGAGUGAUAGCGACGAAGGUGAAGCAGCUGGAGAGGACGACGACGAGGAAGGGGCUGAUCUCGGGACGCCUCUGGGCUAUGGUGGCGCUGCGGACUUCGGCGAGCAGGAUGAGUUCGCGUCACAUCGCUUCUUGGGUCCGAGUGUGGCCUCCGAUCCAUCGUCAGUUCGUGCACUGCACAGCUUGCGCCGCGUUGCGCUUCAUGACAAGCCUCCUCGCUUUGUGAGCGAGGCGUCGGUGGUCCCACCUAGCUCCGGGAGCGUGACGAGCAGUGGGGAGUCUUCCGGCCGGAAUUCGUCCAGCGCGAGUGCUAUCCACGCGCCAGACAUGAAGAACGGACUGCGUUCGCAAUCCGAAGCCGACUACACGGAGAACCCGCUUAACACAUACACCCUGACAUUUACGGAGCCGGUGCUGGGCUUCAACACGAACGUCGUGGUGUCUCUGGAGAACGAGCUGUUGGUCGAGGUCGAGAGUGUGGAUAAGGACAGCCCUGCGCACCGCGCCGGCGUGGUCGUGGGCGACUAUUUGAUCAGUGUGAACGGGCAGCACAUCGAGGCCCACAUGACGAAGGAGCAAGUACUCGACAUCAUCCAGAAAUCCACUCUCCCCCGAACGUUCGUGUUCCAACGGGACGUACAUGACAAGGACAGUUCGCAGUCCAAAAGUCUGCCUGACAAGAAACACUCGCCUUCGAAGCCGCUGAUGGGUCGUCUGGGAGCGGCUAUGAGUACGGGCGCAUCGAUCAUCGGCUCCAAGUGGAAGCGCAAGAAAACUAUUGUGCAUCAGAACUCGUUUUGCGAUGGAUGCGGUAUGGAUCCCAUCGUUGGCUCGCUUUGGACUUGUAGCGUGUGCUCAAACUACAAUUUGUGCAAGGAGUGCUACGACUUGGGUACUCACGGCAUGGAAAACACGGAGCAGAUGCAGGCGCUCAGCGAGGCCAUCGUGCAGUAUAAGCUACAGAAGAAGUGCAAGCAUUUCACGCCCGAGUUCCUGCUAUCACUGCGCCGCGAUAUCUGCAAGGGGCGACCGGACAAGUUCGAGUACCUGGGCGAGUGGAUUGCGAAUAUUGUGGUGGGGACGGCUGCAGCCAAGAUCACAGUGCGCGGCAUCGAGAUCCCGGCCCUUCCCCCCGCAGCCCGCCAGCGAUUCGUAUCAUAUCUAAUGCCUCUGGUGUCGAACCGAACCGACAUCGAAGUGAACAUCGAGUGGCUGCCGGACGACAUCGACCAGAUUAACGCUGCCGCUCGUGCGAGCGUAGAUCGAAUGAGCGCCGGAGCCUACGGUAGCAGCGACGAGGACGGCACAGAGGCACCGCGCGAGAAUUUAGAGAAGCUGCGCAUCUGGAUUUCCGACAAGAAGACGCGCACCACGUCGCCGUUUGCGUGA